UUUCAAUUCCCCUUUUUGCUUUCCUUUAUUAUCAUCAUGAUUAUCGUCAUCGUGUCAAUCAAAAACCCUAAUUUGUAUUUUGCGAUUCACUUUCACCCUCGCAAUUUCUCUCCCCUAGCCAUUGUCUCGUUUAGUCGCCUAAAUUCGUCACAAGCGUUUGAUUUACACAAUCAAUUAUUUAACAAUCGAUCCAAUUUCUAUUUCGCUCCUUUUUCCAGGAUCAUAAGCUCUCAAGCUAUCUCUCUGAAAGAUGUCAUCCGCUUCAAAAUCCAAGUCCAAGGACAAAAGGGCAGGAAAUGAACAUAAAACUCCAUCAAAGUCCUCCACAGCUGUAGACGGAGGCAAUGGACUGUCAGCUAGUGCGUACAACCCAUUGUUAGGAACAUUCCAUGCACUUGACUUAAAUGGUCGUUUUCGCAAUAUAGAUGAUUCCGAUGAUCUUAGUGGGAGUACUCAUGGAAGUGGAGGUGAGUAUGAUUCUGCCUCCAAUCUAGAUAGUCGAUCCGUAGAGUCAGAAGAGCACAAUAAAGAGAAAUCAUCAAAUGCUCCGAUCAAACAGGAGGUAAUCCCAGGGGGUGACUAUGACAAGCGAGAAAAAAAACGUCAGAAAAAUGAGAAGAAGCACCAGCGUCGGAAGGAAAGAUGUGCCCAAAAGUUGCAUGAACGCUGCAAUGGCUACCUUAUGUCCAGAAAGCUGGAGGCCCUUGCUCAGCAGGUUGUGGCCAUGGGAUUUACUCAUGAAGGUGCAACCAUGGCUCUUAUGCUAAAUGAAGGUCGAGUAGAUGCAGCAGUUAAUUGGCUUGUAGAUGAAGAAAAGGGAGGUAACAAGUAUAAAGAUCAAAAUUUUGACACAGGGAGCAAUAUAAACAUUGAUAUAUCAGAAGAACUUUCUCAAAUUGCUGAAUUAGAAAUAAAGUAUAAAUGCUCAAAGCAAGAUGUUGAAAAAGCCAUAGUGAUAUGUGAAGGUGAUUUAAAGAAGGCUGAAGAGGACUUGAGAACACAAAAGCAGGAUCAAUCAGCUGUCUUGCCAAAGGCCGAUGAAACCGGUGAUCCCCCAACUUUUAGUAAUGUUAAGAUGUCUGUAACUCCUAGUCAGGGCAAUGAGAAGCUGUUGCAAUCAAAGCCCAAUGUAGCAACUUCGGUACCCCAGGGAAGGGAUGAAAAGGUUUUCAAUUACACUAAAGCUGCAGUUUCUGGAGCGCUGGCCCCCAAACAGUUUCCCAUUGCUGUUCAACCUCUUUCAGGAGCUCAAGCCAAGUUAGAGUGGGCGAGACCUCGGCAAAUUGCUUCAACAGCAGAGAAAAGGUGGCCAGUUGGAGCAGGGUCGAGCCCUUCAGUUUCAUAUUCUUUGGCACCACCUCCACAGGUAUCACCUCCGCCGACCAAGGUAGAUUCACGAUAUGCUACUCAUGGUAAUGAAUUUAAGAAUCUUCAGCCAGGAUCAUUUAGAGAGCCUGUAGUUAUGAUGCAGCGGCCACAAUCUGCAAAUGCCAAACUGGCUCCUGCAACAAGCAUUAGCUCUUCUCCUCCUGGUAGAACUGCUGUGUGGUAUCCUAACGGCUCCGAAAUUUUGAAUCCUAACAGGUCACUGCUUCACAUACCUAGCACUAAUAGUCUUGGUCCAAACAACCUUACCUCAAACCAAUUUUAUCACCCUGCACAAUAUCAACAACAGCAGCAUCAACAUCAACAUCAACAUCAACAGCAACAUCAACAACAUCAACAUCAGCUGUUUAUGACGCGUAGUAGUCAAGAGGAUAAUCCAGGUUCCAUUCGUAGUAAGUCUUCAUGGUCCAGGAUAGGUGAGAUUCCGACGCUCGCACCUGCAUCCUCUUUAGGGCUCUUUUCUGGGUUGGGUUCAACCUGUACUUCAGGGUCAAAAUCUGCUGUGGAUUGGAAUACUAGUGGCUCAAUGCCAUCAUGUGACUAUAAUAAUAUAGAUUGGAGCUUGGAUAGCAAUUUCCUGCCUACGAAGCAAAAUAGGUUGUGGGUCGGGGCGGCACCCUACUCUAGGAGUAAAGGGGCUCAUCUGUAUGAACCAGGAUCCUCUGCCAUGGGUGUUAAUCUGGCUAUGAGACCGUCAUCUUCUCCAAAUAGUAGUGGUGUAUCAAUAUUUGGGUUACAAGAUAGUGUAUUGGGUAUGACCGAUCCAUCAGGUGCCAAUUCUCAAGAGUGGACAUCUCCUUUCGAGGGGAAUGAUCUCUUUAGCAUGCCUAGACAGUUUGUUUCUUCUCCCACAAAACAGUGGAGAAAUUUUGGAGAAUAAAAGUAAAAAAAAAAAAAAAACCUAAAAAAACCUUUAGAAAGAUUGUGCUUGAAUUUCAUGUUGGUCUGUGUUCCAAUGUU